AGCUGAACAUUUCAUGCCCGAGAGUUAGCCGCGCGCGGGGCGCGGGGGCGCGCGGAGCGCCGCGCCGGCCUUCGGCCCGGGGGUCGCAAAUCAUGGUGAACAUGCAGAUGUUCCUGAGCUCUCCGGACCUUAGCACGCCUCACGGUGGACCUCCCUUCCAGGGCUGGCGAAAAGGCUUUGGUUUCGGGCAUAGCGCUGGCCCUGGUGGCUACAUGCACGACCCCUCCAUGGUGAUGCAGCUUCGGUGCAGCCCGAAGUACGACCGGUGCUUGGCCAGCAGCCCCUUCUGGCGGAAGAAGUGGGAGCUGGGGCAAGCCAAUAGCUUUGGCAUCGGGGACCGUCCGGACCAGGGCCGGCCGGCGGAUGCCGACGUAGGGCCCAACACCUACGGGGACUACUCCGCCCAAGUGUCCAAGGUGAAGCGGAACUACAUCCGCCCUGGCAUCAAGAUGAAGCCACGCUUCGACAGCUUUGAGGAGAAGAAGAAGGCCUCCAGUGUCCAUGGCGGCCCCGGGCCUGCCAAGUACAACACCAGCAUCCCGCCAGGCCAGUCUUCCUGGAGCUACCCGUCGAGGAAUCCGCGCUGGUCCUUGGGGCCACGCACCAUUGGAGUGCAGGACAAGGAGGGCUUUGGCAAGCCGGGCCCUGACGCCUACAACUGCAUCACGCAGCCGGGGAAGAACUCUCCCGUUCUGCGGGGCACGCUGUACGACAUCGCCAUUAAGUCGCGGACGAAGGUGCACAAGUUGGGGGAGGCCUCGCCGGGCCCGGCCCGCUACACCGUGCCGGGGGAGCUCGAGAAGUAUGGAUUAGAUGCCAAGAUCGCGAACGUGAAGGUGCCGAAGAGCUCUAUCUUCGAUCAAGGUGAGGACAGCCUCGACAGGCUGUCGCGCGUUGACAGCUCGCCCCUAUGACGGCAAAAGGCGCUGGCGGCGAAUGCGCGGGGUGUGUCAUGGGAGGUAUUUGUUUAUGUG